GUAUCAUCGCGGGCGCGUGGUUUGCGCCGCCGUGAUAGAAUAGCGUGGGAGAGGAGAACGAUUUCCGUGGUGAUUUUCCUCAGGUUCGCGGAACGUUGCCGCUUGCCAGUAGUAGCUGCCAGUAGCGUAGAGAACGUUCGUCACUCGACCGCGGAACGUGCGUGGUUCGUCGGGUAGUUUUAGUCGCGUGUCGCGUGAUAGCUGGGCGGAGAUGUCUGCGUGUCAAAGGCAGCCCCAGGACACCGUCGUCCCGCCUCAAAACGGGGAGGGCAACGGGAACGUGGUGUCCCCGAGGAAAAAACAGAGAACAUCGAUACCCGGAGCCACGUCGAAGGUUACCGUCGUCUUGGGAGCGCAAUGGGGCGACGAGGGCAAGGGAAAAGUCGUCGACAUGCUGGCGACCGACGCCGACGUUGUCUGCAGGUGUCAGGGAGGAAACAACGCUGGUCACACUGUGGUCAUAGAAGGUGCAGAAUAUGAUUUUCAUUUACUGCCAAGUGGAAUCAUCAAUCCAAAAUGCAAAUCCGUUAUCGGAAAUGGAGUGGUCAUUCAUCUUCCGGGAUUGUUUGAGGAAUUGGAAAAGAACGAAGCUAAAGGUUUGACUGACUGGAAAGAAAGACUCAUAAUAUCGGAUCGAGCGCAUAUAGUAUUUGACUUUCAUCAGCAAGUCGAUGGAUUGCAAGAAUUAGAAAAAGGAAAGCAGUCAUUGGGGACAACAAAGAAAGGAAUCGGCCCAACUUAUUCCAGUAAAGCGACAAGAAAUGGGCUUCGCGUCGGUGAUCUGCUCGGAGACUUUGAAAAGUUCUCCGACAAAUUUCACACGCUUGUUCAUUGCUAUCAGAGAAUGUUUCCUUCCCUUGAAGUGGACAUUAAGGCAGAACUGGAACGCUAUAAAGGGUUCGCCGAGCACAUUCGGCCACUUGUAAAAGAGACUGUAUAUUUCUUGCACAAAGCCUUGGAGAACGGUGAUAAGGUGCUCGUCGAAGGGGCAAAUGCCGCGAUGCUGGACAUUGAUUUUGGUACUUAUCCCUACGUUACGAGUUCCAACUGCAGUAUAGGAGGAGUGUGCACCGGUUUGGGGCUGCCGCCGAGCACUAUUGGAGAAGUGAUAGGAGUCGUCAAGGCCUAUACUACCAGAGUUGGCGAUGGACCCUUUCCUACCGAGUUGCUCAAUGAAACCGGUGAAUUAUUGCAGAGCAGAGGCCAUGAAAUUGGAGUUACAACUAAGCGCAAAAGACGUUGCGGCUGGCUUGACUUGGCGCUGCUGAAGUUCACGGGAAUGGUCAAUGGAUAUACGUCCAUAUGCUUGACCAAACUGGACAUAUUGGAUACUCUGGAGGAGAUCAAGGUCUGUGUUGGGUAUCGCUUAAACGGAAAGGACAUAGAUUACUUCCCAAGUAGCGCGUCUGAGCUGGGCCGUGUUGAAGUAGUCUACGAAACAGUGAAGGGAUGGGAGACGAUAACUGAAGGUGUACGUUCCUUGGAAAACUUACCGCCUAACGCUCGUAAAUAUGUGCGACUAAUAGAAGAACGUUUGAACGUGCCAGUCAAGUGGAUUGGCGUGGGAGCAGGCAGGGAGAGUAUAAUUGCUCUUUGACCAGCUGGUGCUAAACAAGGUUCGUUAGGAGGCAAGUCUUUUCGUGCGUUUGUUCAAGUAAUUUUAACGCAGAUUUCAAGUGUACUGUUUAUAAUUGCCAGCUGACACGCACAAUAGACGGUGAUAUAAUAAUCGGGAAAAAUAUGCAUUCGACGUUAGGCUUGGUUAACAAAACAGCGUAGUAAAGAUAUCUGCCUAUUUAUUAAAACUAUGUAAUAAGCGAGUUAUUGAAAUUUCCAGUUAAAUUAAUAAUAAAUUGUUCAAAUCAUA